CUGGGUAUUACGUCUCAGUGCACGUUUUUAUCCAGCAUGGCAGGGAAAAACAAGAGAAAGUUGGAGGAUCUCAGUGUGGAUGAGUUCAUGUUGUCUGGGUUUGAUUCUGAUGAGGAAGAUGACUGUGAGGAUGAAGAACCCACACCAAAGAAAGGAAAGAGCAAGAUGCCUGUGCUUCCAGAAAUGUCUGUCAAAAAGCAUGGCAAGGCAUCUGAGCACAAGGACCAACUGUCAGCCCUCAAGACCAAAGAUCCAGAGUUCUAUAAGUUCUUAGAACAAAAUGACCAGGAGCUCCUGAAUUUUGACGACACUGAUAGUGAUGAGGAAGAGGAGGAUGAAGAGGAGCAGAUGUACCACAAACUUCCCUCUCAAUUGGAGGAUGAUGAUGAUGAUGAUGAGGAGGAAGAAAAGGUGGAAUCUGAAAAAAAGGAUGUAAAAAAGCAGAAAUCAUCUAAAGAAGGUACCAAAGUCACAGAAGCCAUGAUUGAAAACUGGAAAACUGCACUCAAGAAAGAACCCACACCAACUUUGAUUAGAGACAUCACACAAGCUUUCAAGGCUGCUGUGGCUACAACAAAGGGCGACUCUGAUGAGCUGUGCCGAUACGUCAUCUCAGACAGCGCAGUGUUCAAUUCCCUUGUCCUGUUCUGUAUAAGAGACAUGCAUGCAGCUCUGCAUAAAAUGCUGAAGCUGAAAACUCCAGAUAAAGACUCGAAAAAAUUAGUACUUCCAUCUUCAAGUCCCAGGUGGCAGAAAAAUCAGAUUGAUAUUAAGAUGUAUCUUGCUGGUGUUGUUCAGCUCCUCUCUAGUUUAACCCAAGCCACAGUCAUAGCUGCAGUUCUUCGUCACGCCAACCAGAUGGUGCCGUACUACCUGUGUUUGCCAAAACAGUGCAGGCAUUUUCUCAAAAGUCUGAUCAAACAUUGGAGCACAGGAGAGGAGACUGUCAGAGUCCUGGCCUUCUUAGCCCUCAACAAAAUCUGCAGACAUAAACCAGAUGUCCACCUCAGCGCUGUUCUUAAACAAAUGUACAUUGCCUACGUGCAGAAUUGCAAGUUCACGUCCCCCAACACUCUUCCCAUGAUUAAUUUCAUGCAGCGAACUCUGGCUGAGAUGUACUCACUGGACACACAGGUGUCCUACCAGCACACCUUUCUGUACAUUCGUCAGCUCGCCAUCCACCUUAGGAAUGCCAUGAACUUGAAAAAGAAGGAGACAUACCAGUCUGUGUAUAACUGGCAGUACGUGCACUGUCUGUAUCUGUGGUGUCGAGUGUUGAGCACCAUUUACCCCAGUGAGGUUUUGGAGCCACUGAUCUACCCACUGUGUCAAGUCAUCAUCGGCUGCAUCAAGCUUGUCCCCAUCUCCCGCUAUUACCCUCUGCGUCUGCAUUGCGUCAGAGCGAUCAUCCUGCUGUCUGGAAACACCAAGACAUUUGUGCCUGCACUGCCAUUCCUGCUGGAGAUCCUCCAGCAGGAAGACUUCAAUAAGAAACCAGGCCGCAUGAGUGUAAAGCCCAUCAAUUUUGCAGUGAUCCUCAAACUCAGCAAAUUCAAUCUCCAAGAAAAGGCUUAUAAGGAUGGUCUAGUGGAGCAGUUGUAUGACCUCAUUCUGGAGUGUUUCCACACACAGGCCUGCAGCAUUGGCUUCCCUGAGCUAGCUCUGCCCACCAUCAUACAGCUGAAAGCGUUCUUGAAGGAAUGCAAAGUGGCCAAUUAUUGCAAGCAGAUGCGGCAGCUGCUGGAGAAGAUACAGGAGAACUGCAGCCACAUCACAGGCCGAAGGCAGAAAGCUGCUUUUGGCGUGGCUAAUGUCACAGCUGUGGCAGCCUGGGAGAAGCUGGUAGCAGAGGAAGGCACUCCACUCACUAAAUAUUACAGCCAGUGGAAGAAACUUCGGGAAAAGGAGAUUCAGCUGGAAAUCUCUGGAAAAGAAAGGAUGGAAGACUUGAAUCUCCCUGAAAUCAAGCGCAAGAAGGCUGAAGAGAAGAAAGCAGACAAAAAGGAGUUCAAGGGUCUCUUUGAGUCAGAUAGCGACGAUGAUGAUGAUGACAAUCUGUUCCAAUCUAAAGAGGGAAAAGAUGACUCUGAUGAGGAUGAUGAAGGCCUGGAGGACCUCACAGACCUGAGUGAUGAAGAGAACGAGGAUGAUUCUGAUGGAGAGCAGAAGCAGCCUUCAUCUUCUAAAGGCAAAGCUCCAAAGAAGAUGUUGAGCACAGAGCUGAAACAGGUGGCCGAGGGAGAUGAAGAUAUGGUCGAGGACCUGGAGCUCUCAGAUCAGGACUAAAAUCGGUGUUACAUCAGAGCGACUUUUCUAUUUCACUAUUACAACUGCUUUUAAAGGAACACUUGACUUUUUUUGGAAAUAGACUCGUCGUACAAAUCACCUCCAGGUCUGGUGGAGCACUUUUAGCUUAGCAUAAAUCAUUGAAUGGGAUUAGACGAUUAGCAAUGAAAAGGUGCUAUUUUCUAGGUCAAUAUGGCUAGAAACUAUCAAGGAUCAAACUAAUCAAGGAACUUGGCAACCACAGCAACUUUUCAUUUUCAAGAUAAAAGUUCUCCUGCCAAGCCCAGAGAACGGCUAAAUGGAUUUAAAAUGGUAAAAGUCAGCUGUUUAACUCUAGGCGACCUUUAAAAUGAGACUAUUUCCAAAAAAAAAGUGUUCCUUUAAAGGAAUACCUCCUUUAGGAGCUAUGUACAGCGCCUGUUGUAGUAAUAACAUAUUUUUUGCACUGUUUUUUUACACCCACAAGGACUCUUCUUCUUAGUUCAUCUAAUGCUUUAUAAUAUUGCCUAAAUGAAGGCCUUAUUAAAAGUGUUUACCUUAUAAAAACUAAGGGUGUCUCUUUCA